UUUUAUCCCAGAAAACGGCAACAAUUUGAAAAGGGAGGGUUUGGUUGUAAAACAUGAGGAAGGCAGUAUCACGAAUAUUACCCAAGCAAAAACCAUAUGAAUCAGCUUCAACCCUACUAUCCACAUCAACAUCUACAUCUUCCAACUUUAAAAUAGAUUUCCAUUCUAUUGACGACUUUUAUAUCCAAUUAGACAACCCACAUCAAAUUUGGCUACCUGGGGAUGAAGUUCCAGGACAAAUUGUCUUGAUAACUAAGAAGAACUUGGCUAAUAUUGUCAUCACUUUAUCAUUAAUUGGAUUUAUUAAAAUCAACGCAUCUUCACAGUCAAAAUUACGACCGAUCAAGCACACUUUGUUUGACCAUACGAUCAAGAUUUACGGAGAGGAAGAAACUUCAAAUGCGGACUUUAACAAUGGGUUAUUCAAAGGAGAACAUGUUUUCCCCUUUAUUGUUAAACUACCAAAUAAGCGAAUCUUCACUUCGAUUGAUUUUGGUAAAGGGUCAAUCAACUACACUUUAAAAGCUUCCAUCGGAAGUUCAACUUGUUAUUUACCUGUGCAAUCACCUAUAGAUGAAAACAACAGCCCAAAAAGAAUACUUACAAAUCCACUUUAUACCUCUGAAAAGUCAAUAAACUUGGUUAACCCAAUCGAUGUGGCAGUAUUAACUAAUAGAAAGCCCAAAAGAUUGAUAUUAAAGGAUCCAAGAUUCAAUCAAAUCAAAAAGCUUGCACGAACACAAUCUUCAACAUCUACUAUAAACACAUUUGCCACCGCAUCUUCAGCAAAUUCCGAUCAAUCUUCAAUAGCUUCAAGUCCGGGUGAUUCUCCUGAAAGUAUUGCUAAUCAUACAAAUAAACCUCAAACUAUCAAAGUUAUAUUAGAAGUUGCCCAACGAGGAUAUUUGCGCGGUGAAUCAAUCCCUAUAAAAAUUUCAAUAUCGCAUUUGAAAAAUAUUCAGGAUCUAAAUGGAAUAAUUCUAACCUUUGUUAGAGUUUGUCGUUUAGAUAAUGGAUCCGAGGACGGAAUAAUAGAAUCAUUCCGUAAAGACUUGCAACAAGUGAUCUUACCAUUAUACCUCGAUCCAAUAACAUAUAAAGCAGAAAUUACUACAAAUAUAAGGGUGCCCGCAGAUGCAUUUCCAACAAUUGUUGGUUGUCCAUUAGUUUCAUUCCAAUAUUUUAUAGAGGUUUUAAUUAAUUUAUCCGGUAGACCGGUGGUAUUGGAAGAUAACGAUAGACAUCAUCUGCUGUCAGAUACAGCUGCAGCUGCCGCAGCAGCAGUUGCAGUGGCAGCAAGCACCAGUAGUCUCAACAAUCCUAUCACAUCAAAUGGAUCUACCGACAGCUACAAAUUCAAUUUUAACUUUCACAACUCCAAUGGAUUAAUACAACAUCAAAAGGAAAGACUAAAUUUUGUAAAUACAGAUAAAUUCAAACGACUGAAAAAGUUUGUCCAAUUAACUACUGAAGUAGUUAUUGGAACUCAUAGACUGGACAAGCCACUUACGAAUCCUACUGCUACCGAUUUAUUAUCAUCAUCUUCCAAUAAUUCGCCUAUCCCAUUGUCCCUAGAAUCUCCAACAACAUCACCAUCAAACCCCCCAGCCCUGCAGCAACAUCAACAUCAGCAGAUGCUUCAACAUCAAUUGCAACAACAACCACCUUAUUCAAUACCUGAGCCAAUGGAUUUCAAUACAACACCCCCAUAUUUUGAACAAUCACAGCAGUCAAUUCCAACAUACGAUGAAGGGAAUGCUAACAAUAGCUUUAUGAAUAUAAUGGCAUCAAACUCAGAAUUGCCUGAGAAAGAAAGAAUGAGAUUAAUGGAAACAAGUUUAUUACCUUCUGCACCUCCAGAUGAUGAAAAUACACCCGAGACUGAACACGAACAUAUAAUUUGAUUAAUGUCGUUCUGAUUGUAGUUCUAAUGUAUUUAUGAUAUGUAAUAUAAAAAUUUAAUAUUCUGUAU